AUGAGCACGAUCUUACAAAAUUCUAGCAAUAUUAAAAGUGUUCGUUUCAAUUUAACACUUGUUCGACAUGCUGAGACACAUGCAAAUGCUGAAGGCAUUAUUCAAGGUCUUUUAGAUACUGAAUUAUCCCAUAUUGGCUGUCUUCAAGCUAAAGCACUUGGUCGACAUCUUCAAUGGCAUCGCUUUUCCCAUGUGUAUUCAAGCAACUUAAAACGAGCAAUAGAAACCGCUCGUCAAAUUCAUUUAUUCAAUCGUGUAUCGUCAUGCGAAAUAAAAUACGAUUCUUUACUAUGCGAACGAAUGUAUGGUAUUGCGCAAGGUCAAACACGUCAAUGGUUACGCGAAUUGGCAAAAGAAAGUGGUGUUUCCCAUGCAAAUUUUAACCCUCCGGGUGCUGAAAACACUGUUCAAGUACGCCAACGUGUUGUAGCAUUUCUUCGAAAAUUAUGCGAUGAACUUCUUCAAAAUAAUCAUGUAAAUUCUUUUGUAUCAUCACGAGUUGAGUUUUAUGGAUCGACUCCAUUGCCACAACAGGAUGGUCAACAAUCGUUAUUACGAAGCGUCUCAUCAGAGAAUUUAAGUUGUCAUCAACAAAUAAUAGAAAAUUCAGGUUGUAAACGUUCAUUAUCAACAGAAAAUAUUUCAGUUGAAUCAAUAACUAAAACAAACAAAGCAGCAGCAUUUCGAUCAUCUAUUGAUUCAGCACUUGGUAUAUCAUCUGGAUCAUCUGAUCAGCAAUCAAUAUCAUCAUCGACUUCUCUUCUUUCACGUAAUAGCAGUUUUGAUAAACAACGAAUUAUAUCAAAAGAUUUAUCACCUUCACCAUACGAAAACAAUUUUUCCGAUCUUGACAUUCUGAUUGUUAGUCAUGGAGCUGUUAUACGAGAAUUCAUUAAAUAUUUUGCUUGUGAUCUACAAGCUGAUAUAGGACAGCAUCUAGAUACUAUACAGGAUAUAGCACCAAAUACAUCGGUAACACGAUUUCAAAUAACUUAUUCGACUGGUGAAGAUCUCAAUCCAACGACUACAGUUGAACUUGUUGAUUAUCAUAAUAAAACACAUUUAACUAAUGAUAACAAUGAUGAGUACAAUUUGGAUGUAGUCAAUAAAUGUAGCCUGUAA